GAGUGAAGCGAUAACACACCGGUUCUGGCCAGGGACACGAUAGAACUCAUAAAAGGUGUCCCGGCCAUGCGGACGAAAGACGAGGUACCCCAGCUGACACGUCAAUGACAGGCUUGCGGACAAGAUCCGUCGAGAGACUGCACGCUUAUCAUGGAGCAAGUGUAAAGGUACGCGAGGAUCUUGGCCAAGUUUAUUUCGGGCUGCCUCACGGCUUCUGGAACAUGUUUCUGCAGGCGGAUUUUUGCAAGAAGCAUCAGCGAGAUACCAAAUCGGGUCUUCAGUAGUUAAUGAAGCGCUCUCUGUCCAGAAGGCUUCCGUAGACGGAUUUUAUCAGCGACACGGAAUUAUAUAGUCAAGGUACGAGCUCAAUUGACUCUGAGAAGAUAUUGAGGCAUUGCGUGAUGAUGGCACACCUGGCGCUCGACCUGCCAAUGAAACCU